GGUGCGUGAAAAGUUCAGAACGCCCCAGCAUCGCAGAUGAAAACGAUGCGGAUUGCCGCCGUACUUCUAAUACUCACGCUACUGGCCCAAUCUCGGGGAAGGACCGAAAAACCUAUGGAGAACUUGCUAAACGGAAAAACUCGAGGUCCUCGUCAAGUCGAAAAAUUUCGAGAUCUUCUUCAAAAAUGUGUCUAUGACUCCACAACUCAUCGCGACUACGGAGUGAAGAUAGUGGUGCCAAAACACAUAGAGAAAAGAAGCGUUUUCAAUCUUGAUGAACCCGUGCCAUAUAUGGGAACGUUUCUAUCUUCGACAGCAGAGCAUUUAGAAGAAAUUGACUAA